AAUGUUUUUCUUUCUUCUAUAAUAAUGAAAAUAAAACUACUAAAAAUAGAUGAAUCAACCUGUACGUUUAUAGGAUGUUGAACGUGGUGUUUGUCAAAAUAUACUUGUAAAACAUUCAGAAUCUGUUUAUUCAGUUGCUUUCAGUCCAGAUGGUCGUUUAUUAGCAACUGGUUCAUUUGACAAAGCGAUUUAUAUUUGGGAUAUUGCACGAGGACAAAUUGUUCAUGGUUAUCGAGGUACUCGUGUUGGUGCAAGUGCUGCCGACCGAACACUAUACUCUGGAAAGAUUUCCUUUUUUCUUACUCUUUCUCUUCUAGUUAAUAUUCCUGCUAAUACUACAUGGGCACAAAACGGAGUGACUAUUGCUGGAGGUAACGGGUUGGGUAGUGCCACUAAUCAACUCAACCACCCUUAUGGCCUCUUCGUUGAUGAUGAUCAAACAGUGGUCAUUGCUGACUACAAUAAUCAUCGUAUCAUGCAAUGGAAGAACGGUAAUACAACGAAUGGACAAGUUCUUGCUGGUGGUAAAGGCCAAGGAAAUGGAUUACAUCAAUUGAAUCGUCCAACAGAUGUAUUAAUUGACAAAGAGACGAAUAGUCUCAUUAUUUGUGAUUAUGGGAAUCGACGAGUUGUACAAUGGCCUUGUCGUAGUGGUACAACGCCAGGUGAAAUAUUCAUCGACAAGAUCGGCUGUUGGGGAUUAGCAAUGGAUGAACAGAGAUAUCUCUACGUUUGUGACACAGAAAAGGAUGAAGUAAGACGAUAUCAAUUGGGUGAGAAGAAUGGCACUCUCGUAGCUGGUGGUAAUGACUAUGGGAAUGGACUCAAUCAACUCCACUACCCGACAUUUCUCUUUGUCGAUCGAGAUCAUUCAGUGUACGUAUCAGACAAAGAGAAUCACCGUGUAAUGAAAUGGGUGGAAGGUGCAAAAGAAGGUAUUGUUGUCGCUGGAGAACAAGGUGAAGGGAGUGCUCUGACACAAUUGAAUAGUCCUAAUGGAAUCUUCGUUGAUACAUUGGGUACCCUCUAUGUAGCAGACCAGGGGAAUAAUCGUGUAAUGCGUUGGACUCAAGUAGACAAGAAACAAGGCACUGUAAUUGUGGGUGGAAAUGGUCAAGGAAAAGGAGCAACUCAGUUCAACGGCCCCGUUGGUUUGUCUUUCGAUCGACAUGGUAAUCUCUAUGUCGCCGAUGAGUUUAAUAAUCGUGUUCAACGAUUUUCUAUCGAAUGA